CUGCCCAGCUGAGCGACUGGAAGUGCUGGCGUGCCUGCCACAGAUGCAACAGCAGCACAUGGAGGUGAUGAAGGUUUUUAACGAUCCUAUCCAUGGGCACAUUGAGUUGCAUCCCCUGCUGGUUCGGAUCAUCGACACCCCUCAGUUCCAGCGCCUGCGCUACAUCAAGCAGCUGGGCGGGACCUACUUCGUGUUUCCAGGGGCCUCUCACAACCGCUUUGAGCACUCCCUGGGGGUUGGCUACCUUGCAGGAUGUCUGGUUCGUGCGCUGAAGGAGAGACAACCAGACCUGGGUAUAACUGAGCGAGACAUCCUCUGUGUAGAAAUUGCUGGGCUUUGUCAUGAUUUGGGUCAUGGGCCAUUUUCACACAUGUUUGAUGGAAGAUUUAUUCCACUCACUCGUCCAGAUUUGAAUUGGAAGCAUGAAACUUCUUCUGUUCAAAUGUUUGAGCACUUGGUCACUUCCAAUAAACUAGAAGAAGUCAUGAGGUCCUAUGGUCUUGUCCUGGAAGAAGAUCUGUUGUUCAUCAAGGAGCAAAUAGGAGGGCCCAUAGAUGAAACUGCCUGUGUGAAAUCGUGGCCCUACCGUGGUCGACCAAAGGAGAAAAGUUUCCUCUAUGAGAUUGUAGCUAAUAAGAAAAAUGGCAUUGACGUUGACAAGUGGGAUUAUUUUGCAAGGGAUUGCCAUCACCUGGGAAUCCCCAAUAACUUUGACUAUCAGCGAUUGCUUAUCUUCACCCGGGUGUGUGAAGUGGGGAACCAGAAGCACAUCUGCCCCCGUGACAAGGAAGUUGGAAAUCUGUACGAGAUGUUCCACACCCGGAAUUGCCUGCACCGGAGAGCAUACCAGCAUAAGACUGGCAACAUCAUUGAAAUAAUGAUAACAGAAGCCUUUCAAAAAGCAGACAAAUAUUUUGAAAUAAGAGGCUCUGAAGGAAAAGUGUAUCGGAUUUCUACAGCCAUGGAAGACAUGGAAGCCUACACUAAACUAACUGACUAUGUCUACCUGGAAAUUCUGCACUCAAGUAAUCCGGAACUGGAGGAGGCACGAGAAAUUUUGCGUAAAAUAGAACGACGUGAAUUAUACAAGUUUUUAGGAGAGACUCGACCUGAAUCAAAGAAGGAAAUUAUAAAGAGUAACAGCCUGGCAGAAAGCAUUGCUAAUUCCAAGCCAGAGAAGGACCCUCCAGAUGUGGAGCUAAAGGCUGAGAAUUUCAUAGUUGAUGUUAUCAGCAUGGAUUAUGGAAUGAAGGAACAGAAUCCAAUUGAUAAGGUUCACUUCUAUUGCAAGGCUGAUCCUUCCAAGGCAGUUAAAAUCAGUAAAGAACAGGUUUCAAAGCUUUUACCCAUAAUAUUUAUGGAGCAGGUUGUCCGGGUUUAUUACAAAAGUCAGGACCCACAUAUUAUUUCAGCUGCAAAACAGUACUUUAUUCAGUGGUGCAUACAGAAUGAUUUCACCAAACCACAGGAUGGUGAUGUUGUUGCUCCUCAUCUAACUCCAAUGAAGGAAACCUGGAAUAAGAUGACAGAUGAUGAACACAGGAGAGCCUCAGAACCCAGCUGCAAACAAAGGCUUUCUUUUGAUGAGUAACAGGUUUCUUUUUGGUGCUAUGCAGUCUCCUUCCUCAGAAGCUGAGUAAAUUUGAGCAUCAACUUUUCUAAAAGCUGGUUGGACGCCUGGAAUAAUUCACAGAACAAUGCAGAAUGUAUUUUGCAAUACAGAAUGUUUUAAUGUAGAUACUUAAAGUGCAUCUUCCAGAUGGACUUCUAAAAACCAAUUUAUUACAACAGAGUAAAUCAGUUCUCAUUGAUUUUUUUAAUGUAGUGGCACUGUGUAGCAGGAGUAACUU